AUGGCAAACUCCACGCCCCCGGACGACGACCUCAGGGCCAGUAACAUGAAGCUACUCGAAACUGGCAACUUUGCGGACGCAGAGAUCAUCUGCGGUGGCAAGACCUUCAAGAUCCACAGAGCUGUGGAAGCAACAUCUGGAAAGGUGAACAUCGAGGAUCACGACCCAGAAGCCAUAGAGGUCAUUCUGAAAUACAUUUACGGAGGAGCCGCAGCAUUGAACAUGGUUGAAGAGACGACCAACAAACCAGUCAUCCAAUUCUGUGUCAGCCUGUACGUGGCAGCAGAUUAUUUCCUCCUUGACCCGAUGUUGCCAAUCAUACAGCGCCGGCUCGGGGACCAUUAUGAUGAAAAGCUAAAAUGGAUGUGCACACGCGGCUCUGGGCUGGGCAAUAAAUGCGAUCAAACGGCCCUACGGUGGACCAGGGAUCUUGUAGAUGGAAUCGAAAUGGCCUACAGAUGGAACGCUGUGCCCAUCAAGCAGACACUGAUGGAGUUUGUUUGGGUGGGACGAAGGGCAUUGUUGGGAUCUACCUGGAUCGGCAUUCAAGACGAUCUCGACAGCACGCCUGCCUUCAUCAAAGACAUGCUCCUUCACUGCACCCUGUUUCCAUGGUGGAAGGACUCGGCCUGGGCCCCCAAUCCUCCAAGUCUUGCCAUCACUCAGCAAUGGCAUGCAACUUGCGUCCGAUGCAAUAAGGAGUUGGUAAAGUUCCGUCUUGGCAGCUCAGACGCAUAUGGGCAAAUCUGGGAUCCAUUCAUCAUGACAGUCAACAACACAAUUCUCAGAGAAUGGUGCAAGGAAUGUGCUGCGAUGGACACGAUUCCGUGGCGAUAG